AUGAAUAGUCAGGGCCACAGGGUUGGUGGGCGGCGUGAGCUGAAGUCGGUUCCUUUCAUCAGCUACCUGUUGGCAAUGCAGAAGAGCCAGCUAUUGUCAGACGAUAUGGUGAGUGGUUUGGAGAUCCGCUGCGAAGAGAAGGGCAACUGUCCGGCUGGCUGCCACCUGUGCCAUCACCAGGCCAUGAUGGGAGGAAUGUCAGGGAGAGGCCACAGUGGUAACAGCAGGAGCGGGGAGCAACCUUCCCCAAUCCCUGUCCUUCUGGAAGUCAGCCGCGUGGUGCCCCUCUACAGUUUGGUACAAGACAACAUCACCAAAGAGGCCUUCAAGAGUGCCACAAUGAGCUCAUACUGGUGUGCUGGAAAGGGCGAUGUCAUUGAUAACUGGUGUCGCUGUGACCUCAGUGCCUUCAGCAAAGAUGGCCUGCCCAACUGCAGUCCCCUCAGGCAGCCAAUUUUGCACCUAGCUCCAUACCUGGAGCCCUCAAGCACAAUGGUGGCCCUGGAGUGGAUGGAUGUGGAGCCUCUUAUUGGCUGCAGGGUUUCUGACUACAUCAUCCAGCAUAAACGAGUGGAUGAUCCCACGGAGGCAGAGGUCUACACAGGUGAGGUUCUGAGCUUGAUGGACGAUCUGUUCUCUGGUUUGGGUUCAUCCUGUGUUGUUGCUGGGAGGAGGAGUGGAGACCAUCCUCACUCUGUGCUAUACUCAGUGGUCUUCAAGUGCCUAGAACCUGACAGUCUCUACAAGUUUACUCUCAAUGCAGUGGAUAGCCGAGGCAGUCACUCUGAAUCGAGCUUUGUCUCAGUACGGACGUCCUGUCCAGUGGUGGAUGACAGCCGAGCUGAAGAGAUAGCAGACAAGGUGUACAACUUAUACAAUGGAUACACCAGUGGCAAGGAGCAGCAAGUGGCCUAUAACACACUGAUGGAGAUCUCACCUCCACUGCUAUACAGAGUCCAGCACCACUACAAUUCCCACUAUGAGAAGUUUGGAGACUUUGUGUGGCGUAGUGAGGAUGAGCUGGGCCCCAGAAAAGCCAACCUGAUACUUCGUAGGGUGGAGAAGAUUAGCCACUACUGCCGGUCCCUCCUGCACAGCACCCACAUCCAGAGCCGCACCGACACCAUGGCAUAUGUCCACUGCCGGAGUGAAGAGGGACGACCUCCCACUAAUAUGUGGCAUGGCUCUUUACAUGAAAGUCGCACCACCUGCAUGGAAAAGCUUAUUUCUGUACAGCGUAACACAUACAGCAACACCAAACUCCGAUGAGACAGGAAUUCGGAGACGAUCGGUGCAUCUUUUUAAUUUCCUGCAAAGUAACGUCAUUGAUUGAUGUACCUUGUCACUCCACUCUGCAGCAGAUGUCUCUCAAGUGACUGGUGUAUUUUGAAAACCAGGAGAGUCAAAAAAAAAAAAAACUU